GAACAAAAAUCUUUCAUUUCAAAAGUCAAUAUUAUCAGAUAAUUCUCCCAGUCUAAAAUUCUUUUUUCAAGAUUUAGCAAAGGAUUUUACCAGACAGUUUCACCAGAUGGGAAUUAAAAAAGACCCAGAUGUCGACUUAAACGAAAAGACAAUUUUAAAAAAUAUUCACUGUAUCAAGAUUGAUACAACUUUAGAACUUCUAGCAUGUUUGACUUACUUACGACAAUAUCUUGUGGAUAAAAAUAUACGAUUGAUAGUAAUAGACAGUGUGUCAUAUCUCUUAAGGCAACUGGAUGUAUCAAAUAGGAUAGUGGUGAUAAGUAAAAUUUUUCUGGAAUUGAGGGUCCUGGCGGAACAUUUCAAUUUCGCAGUUAUAUUAACAAAUGAUUUCACGACCAGAGUUGAUGGAGAGGUUACUUUGGUGACGCCAUCUUUUGGAGACAGCUUUUAUCAUCUUGUGAAUUCUAGAAUAAUUCUUUCAAAAACCGGUGUUGCUUUUCGGGCCAAACUGGUUAAAAGUAUAUUUUAUGGCUGCAAAGAAGUAGAAUUCAAUAUAUAGUUGAACUUGUUGAUUGCAUUAUUUUUUAAAACACUUGUUGAUAACAUUUGUCAGGUCCUUUCAGUGGCUUAUCGGCUACAGUGAAUGUUAGACGUUUUAAUAGAUGAAUUCAUUUGAUUCUUGUUUAAUUUUAGUCCAGAUGUUUGUUU